AGGUACCCUUUAUCCUAGAAUAUUUUCCAUUACUAGACAAAUGGCUUUCUCCAACUUCUUGUCGAGAGAACCCCAGAUCACCAAAGAGACGGAAAUCUCUAAGGAAACCAAAGAUGUUGAAUAUGAUGAUAAUGGAGAUUUGUCAUCGGUUGAUUCUUCAGUCCAUGGUGCGGUGGUGCAAAUCGACCAGAACACCAAGGAAAUAGGGUUUAUCUCUGCCACUUUCUUGUGUAUCAACAGAAUGAUUGGUUCGGGUGUGUUCUCGUUAGGUUCCACUAUUUUCACCUUAAGUGGAAGUGUGGGAACCUCUUUAAUGAUGUGGCUUGGUGGAUCUUUAAUUGCCUUUAGUGGGUUGUUGGUGUAUAUGGAAUUUGGACUGGCCAUUCCAAGAAAUGGAGGAGAGAAAAACUAUCUCGAAUUCGUUUACAAGAAGCCAAGAUUCUUGGCUACAACCAUGUACGGAUCAUAUGUGUUCUUUUUAGGAUGGGCAGCGGGUAAUAGUGUCGUUGUUGGUGAAUAUUUAUUAAAUGCGGCAGGCAAAGAAGUCACCCAAUGGAACUCUAGAGGUAUUGGUGUGGGAGUUAUCACUUUUGCAUUCUUGGUCAACGCCAUUUCCGUUAAGGCUGGUUUGUACUUGGGAAACUUUUUAGGGAUUUUCAAAAUUACAAUUGUGUUGUUCAUCACCGUCACGGGAUGGGUGGCAUUGGGAGGUGGUAUUAAAACAGCCCAUUUCAAACCCACCGGUAACUUCACCAAUGCGUUUGAGGGUUCUUCUCCAACUGGAUACGGGGUUGUGAAUGCUUUGUAUAAUGUUAUUUGGUCUUAUGUGGGAUACUCCAAUGCCAACUAUGCGUUGGGUGAAGCCAAGAACCCAGCUAAAGUGUUAAAGGUGGCAGCUCCAAGUGCUUUUUUGCUGCUUACCGUUCUCUACAUGUUGACUAACAUCGCUUACUUUGCUGUGGUUCCAAAAGAAGAGAUUGCUGGUUCAGGAAGAAUCUUGGCAGCUACCUUCUUUAAGUAUGCUUUCGGAGACACUGCGGAAAAGGCUAGUUCUGUGUUUGUUGCUUUGUCUGCUUUGGGUAACGUGAUGUCGGUGAUUUUCUCCCAAGGAAGAAUCAUCCAACAGUUGGGAAGAGAAGGAAGUUUACCAAUUUCUAGAUUAUGGGCUACUUCCAAACCAUUUGGAACUCCAUUCAUGGGUUUGGCUGAACACUGGAUCGUCUGUAUUGUCACCAUGUUGGCUCCACCACCUGGAGAUGCUUACAACUUUGUGUUGAACUUGAUUUCCUAUCCUUUAAAUGUGGUGAAUUCCUUUGUGGCAUUCGGUUUAUUAUAUUUGCAUUACCAAAAGAGAAAAGGUGUUAUUGAAUGGAACCCUCCACUCAGAUCUCCUAUUCCAAUCACCAUUUUCUUCGCUUUGAGUUCAUUAUACUUGAUCAUAGCUCCUUAUAUUCCUCCUUCCGAUGGCCAAAACGUCUAUAAUGACUUACCUUACUGGAUUCACCCAGUUGUCACUUGGGGUGUUUUUGGUAUUGGAUUUGUGUACUGGUUGGUUUGGGCCAAAUUGUUGCCCCACUUUGGAAACUACCAGAUAGUGUCGAAGGAAGUGGUUGGUGACGAUGGAUUUUGGAGGAAUAAGUUCUACAAGGUGUCCAACGAUGAGAACAAUAAUGACAUUCUCGAAGAGCAGUAAGUCAGUUAAUAGUUUAAUCCAAAUAAUAAUUU